AUGGCUCUGCAUUUUGCGCAACGGCGCAUUGGCGUUGUGCGAGUCGCGUUCUCUCCUGGCCGGACUUUUCUUCGUCGCAAUCUCAUUCCCGCCCCGCACGCCAACUCAGGCCCUUUGAUGGAACGACGGGCAGACCGCGAACUGCCUUCUGUGAAUAAGGACCGACGGUGGAUGCGGACCUUGCCAAUAUUUGCUAUCGCUGUCGGAGCUGCGAUGCUAGGGAUUUUCAACUAUCAGAAGUCGUCUUCAAGCGUGGUCAGCAGUACCCUCUAUGCUCUCCGCACCUCUCCGCGUGCUCGCGAAAUCCUGGGCGAUGAGAUUUACUUUGCUCAAAAGAUACCAUGGAUCAGUGGGGAAAUGAAUCAGCUACAUGGACGUAUCGACAUAUCCUUCAGGGUUAAAGGAACAAAGUCGCAGGGUAUAAUGAGGUUCCGCAGCAUUAGGCCAGACCGAAUGAGCUAUUUUCGGACUGAGGAAUGGAGUCUGGAGACGGAGGAUGGCACGGUCGUUCCGCUCCUUGACAGCGCCAGUGACCCGUUUCGUCAACACGACUAAUUACCGUCAAGUUUCCCUGGAAGCUGCAUCCCUACUUAUGCAUGGCAUCGUGCAGCACUUUCAUCCUUGUACAUCUUGAAGCUUUCCGUGCACUAACCUAGGCAUGUAAGCGUCGGGGCUAUGGCACUUUUUGGCUCCUUCACUCCAUUUUGGUACGGAGCAACGGUACUUCAGAGUACAUAAAGGCCGCAGAGACAGAACUGAGGGAAAUUCCACCAAUGGAAAAGAAAUGGGAGGAGAGAGAACGAUAAAAGGAUAUCAUUUAUGUAUCAUAUACAGACGCCGCUUUGUAAACAAUAUAUUGUAAUAGUACAUUCUCAGAAGCAAAA